AUGAAUGCUCUCCUCCUGAACCGCGCCCUGGGCGUUAUAUCGCCCCCCGCUUUCCAGCGCCAUGAGACUACACGCCUGCUGCAUGCUUUGCAGUCCACUCCUGUCCGCUUUGACGGCUCAGCUCAGGCCGACGGUGAUGCGCUCCCAGAAGAGGUCAAGGCACAUGCCGCUGGCGUUAAUGCCAUGACCAUUGACAAGUUCGAGGGCCGAUAUCUUUUGUCUGGCGGUGCCGACUCCUCCAUCUGCAUGUGGGAUCUCGAAUCCCGCGAAGAGGGCUCAGUCGACACCGUGUACCCGCUUGGAACGUUGCCAAAAACCUCCAAAGCCCACCGCUUUGGCGUAACACAUGUCUCUUUCUACCCGUUCGACUCCCUCGCUUUCCUCUGCUCUUCCUACGACCACACGCUCAAGAUAUACUCUUCCGAGACCCUCCAGUUGUCCGCAUCCUUCGACCUCAACCAUGUCGUCUACUCGCACUCCAUGUCCUCCAUAGCCUCUCAUCUCCUCGUCGCCUGCGCCACCCAGCAACCUACCGUCCGCCUCGUCGAUCUCCGUUCGGGAGCCGCAACGCACUCGCUUGCCGGCCACGCCGGGGCCGUCCUGUCCACCGCCUGGAGCCCCACGACAGAGCACAUCGUGGCCAGCGGCGGUGCCGACGGCACGGUGCGCUUCUGGGACAUCCGGCGCAGCGCGGGCUGCCUCGGCCUGCUCGACAAAGAAGACUCGAUCGGCGUGGCCGGCCUGGACGGGCUGGGCGGCAGCUCUGCGCGCAACAACCGGCAGCAAGGGCGCGCGCACGGCGGCGCCGUCAACGGCGUCGUCUGGACCGAGGACGGCCGGCACGUCGUGACGGCGGGCCACGACGAGCGCGUGCGCGUGUGGGACACGGCGACGGGCGCCAACACGCUGGCCAGCUUUGGCCCGGCGGUCAAGAACGCGCAUCUGUCGGCGUUGCUGCCGUUGGUGUCACCGCCCGCGCUGACGGCGCCGGGCAAGGAGUGCUUGUUCUACCCGAGCGAGCGCGAGAUUUUGGUCUACGAGCUGUUCGACGGCCGCCUCCUCAGGCGGCUGAAGGCGCCGCACUGUGCGACGGGCACGGUUGGUGCGGCGGGGAAUCAGAAGCAGCUGAAGAACCGGACGACGGCGCUGGCGUGGCGCGCGCAUGACGUCGAGGUCUAUUCUGCGCAUGCUGAUGGGACGAUCAGGGCUUGGGCACCGCGGACUGAGGAGGAUGUCAUGGCGGAUGAUGAAGAAAGGCAGGAGGCGGAGCAUGAAGAGCAGACGAGGAAACGGAAGAGGGAGGCGUUGGAGGAGAUCUAUAGGGAUUUUACAAAGAAGCAGAUGAUCUUUAAUUAG